AGUUGGAGAUUGUCACGGUAUUCUAUCGGGACGUAUAUUUGCCGAAUUAAUCGUAUCAAAUCAUGAAAGCCACCUAUCAUUCUCGUUAUCUCGUUUUAAAAGGUACUAGUGUAAAGAAAGAAAAAUGUCGUUAGUUGGGGAACAUACCGAAAGAGACGAACCAAAAAAUAUGAAGGAACGAUUGUCGAGGGAGCACGCGAACCGAUGUAUCAAGCAAUCCUUGAGUCAUUACCACAAUAUAUUCUGAGCGGUUUCGAAUGAAAAGUACAGGAUACUGGUCUGGCAAACGCAGUACCCAUUGACGCGUUUUCCUGACGAGAAUCUCAGGUUCGUCGUUUACCAGGAAACAUGGCGCGCUACGUGGAGGAUGUGUAUUAUGAAUUCGCUAUUAAACUGACUUACGACGCUGCUCAAAUUCUCAAGGCAGCCAUCAACGGUUUAAAGAAAGUUGACGAAAAGCUGGGUAACUGGGACCUGGUCACAGAAUACGAUCGCAAAAUCGAGGACGUCAUCAUCGGCAAUCUAAAAAGGAAGUUUCCUAAUCACAGAUUCAUAGGCGAAGAAUCAACCGGGAAAGAUUUACCAGAGCUAACAGACGAUCCAACAUGGAUCAUCGAUCCGAUCGACGGCACUACUAACUUCAUUCACGGUUUUCCACACACUUGCGUGGUGAUUGGCCUGGCGAUUAAGAAAGAAAUGGUAAUCGGUAUCGUUUAUAAUCCUGUUCUCGAGCAGCUGUUCACCGCGAGAAAAGGACGAGGCGCGUUUUUGAAUGGAAAACUCAUCAAAGUCUCGGAAGUUCAAGACCUAUCGAAGGCUUUGGUUUGCAUGGAAGCUGGUUUCAUGAAAGUAGAGCAACUGAAAGAGAAAACCAUCGAGAGGCUACAAGCUAUUGUUGGCGAAGCUCAAGGGAUUCGAACCCUCGGAGUGGCGGCAUUGACUUUAUGUUACGUUGCCUUGGGAAUUGUGGAAGCCUAUUACAUAGAGGGACCAGGAAUUUCCACGUGGGAUAUCGCAGCAGCGUCAUUAAUUAUCACCGAAGCUGGAGGAGUAGUUCUUGACCGUGUAACAGGUCAAAGAAUAGACAUUAUGAAACCGCGCGCAGUUGGCGCGUGCAACGAAAAAAUCGCGUCGGAGAUUGUCAGAAUUAUUCACGAAGCUGACCGAAGAGUAGAAAAUAAGAAGAAGUAAUUAGUUUUCUGUAUAAUAGUAAGAAUAAAAUAAAUGU